UCCUCUUGGAAGCCAAACCCCUUUGUCAUCUAUAUAAGGUCCACACCCCAGGAGCUGAGUGAUUGCAGAAACUGGCCUUCCAUCUCUCUCAGACACCAAGCUGCAGGUCCAGGUCACUUCGUAGGUCACCACCUAAAGGGGAAAAAGACCUCGCUUUGGAGAGUGGCAGUAAAACGCUUGUGGAGAAGGAUACACGCUUUUCCGAGAAAGUGAGGCCACCAUGGCUCUGGAUAAGUCUGUCAUCCUGCUCCCUCUGUUUGUCCUGGUGCUACUGGUGCUGGGCUGGGCCCAGCCUUCCCUAGGCAGUGAAUCCGCGGCCGAGAAAUUCCAGCGGCAACACAUGGACUCAGACAGUUCCCCCAGCAGCAGCUCUACCUACUGCAACCAAAUGAUGAAGCGCCGGAAUAUGACACAGGGGUGGUGCAAAUCAGUGAACACCUUUGUGCACGAGCCCCUGGUAGAUGUCCAGAAUGUCUGCUUCCAGGAAAAUGUCACCUGCAAGAACGGGCAGACCAACUGCUUCAAGAGCAAUUCCAGAAUGCACAUCACAGAGUGCCGCCUGACAGACGGCUCCAAGUACCCCAACUGUGCAUACCAGACCAGCAAUUUGGAGAGACACAUCAUUGUGGCCUGUGAAGGGAGCCCGUAUGUGCCAGUCCACUUCGAUGAUUCUGUGGAGGACUCAACCUAAGCUCAGAGCAGCGAGAUAUCCCACCUCCCUCAACCUCAUCCUUUCCACAGCUGCCUCUUCCCUCUUCCUUCCCUGCUGUGAAAGAAGUAACUCCAGUUAGGGCUCCUAUUCAACACACUCAUGCUUCCUUUUCCUGAGUCCCACCCCUGCGUGAUUUUGGGGGUGAAGAGUGGGUUGUGAGGUGGGCCCCAUGUUAACCCCUCCACUCUUUCUUCCAAUAAAACACAGUUGCAAACACUUGA